ACACCUUCAUAUCCUUUUUGACUUCCUACCCAUUAUAAACCAAAUAAAUAAAAGGUCAAAAAUUACAUUUAUGGGCUGAAUACUCCAUCCUAACUGCCAUACUUUUAAAAUCAUCAUCAUGUCUAUCCAACUAAAGUUUAAAACAAACAUUUUAAAUUAAUGAAACAAACCGUGAAACGUUAUAAAAUAAUGACAAAAGAACCAGAACACAACACGAACAAACAAACCGGUCAAAUCUUAUCCACCUUCCUUGCUAGAGUUUCCAGAAAAAGGCGUUAUUUGAAUUGGUUAGACAAAGGAAGAAGUUAUAACUUCCCAUUAUUAAUUAAUCUUUUCUCACUCUCUCUUCAUAAGCGCUCAAUUUUCUCAAAAAGUUAAAAACAUAAUUAUAAAAAAAAAUCACCUAUAAACUUCCACCUACCUAAGUCCAAACUAAAAACACCCACACAAGUUAAGGAACAUAUUCGAACCAAACCUUCCCUCAUAUGUUAUGUUCAAAAAGCAGUUACACUUUUAAGUUUUAAUAAGGUGAAAGGCGACGACAACGAUGACCGGUGGCCACGAUCGCGUGAAGGGUUCAUGGAGUCCUCAGGAGGAUGCGACGUUGCUGAAACUCGUGAACGAGCACGGGGCACGCAACUGGUCCGUCAUAAGCGCCGGAAUUUCCGGGCGUUCCGGCAAGUCGUGCCGUCUGCGGUGGUGCAACCAGCUGAGUCCGGAGGUGCAGCACCGUCCGUUCACUCCGGCGGAGGACAAGAUGAUCAUAAAGGCGCACGCCAUUCACGGAAACAAAUGGGCCACCAUCUCGCGCCUCCUCCCCGGCCGCACCGACAACGCCAUCAAGAACCACUGGAACUCCACUCUCCGCCGCCGUCGCGCGGUGGAGUCAUCCUCCUCCUCAUCGGCGUCUCCGCCGGCGAAACGUCACUCUUCCUUGUUUGACACGCUUCACCCUUUCAAGAAACAGUGCAUCGAGAAGGAAAACGAAGAAGAGCGAGUGCUGAGUCCCGUUACGACGUCGUUGAGUCUUUUCCCUCCUGGGGAAAAAUCAGAGGAAGAAGAGGAAGAGGAAGAACAAGAAGAAGAAGAAAAGGAGAAAGAAGAGUUGUUUCAAGUGAAUGUUAAUGUUAAUCAGAAGGUUACGGAUCAGAAUUACUUCAUGCAGAUGAUGCAGCGGAUGAUAGCGGAAGAAGUUAGGAAUUACAUGGAGACUUUGCGAAAUUGCCAAAGGAACAACGGUCUCUCCCUUGAGCCUGGGUUAGAUCUUCUUCCUCCGACGCUUCCAAAGUAAAUUAUCAUUCUUUUUUCUUCUUCUUCUCUUUGGGAUUUCUGAUUGGUUUUGGAGUUUCUUCUUCUUAUGAUCACAGUUUAAUAAUUCCUAAUAGUAACAUUCAAUUUACUCGGUUUAAGAAUAAUAAUUAGUCAGUGCAAUGUGAAACUUUGAAUAGAACUUUUUUCAAGCAAACAAGCUA